CGCUAAACGAAAAAUAUGGCCCUGUUGUGCGUCUUGCACCAAACCGAUACAGUAUAAACGACGGCGAAGCCGCCAAGUUCAUCCUCGGGCACCACAAUGCUCUCGAUAAGUCGAGUUUUUUUUUCCUCAGUUCGGGCAGCCAGACGAGUACAAUCUUUUCUUUGAGCCGAGCAUACCUACUCAUGCCAAAGCCAGACGCCCGUAUGGCGCAGUUGUGUUCGCAUACAAUCCUUCGCUCGUACGAGCCAUUCGUUGACACAUGUAACGCCAGGAGGAGUAUGCUCAAGAGGGCAAGAUACUGGACAUCAGUGAGAUGAUGCAGUUCUACGCUUUCGAUGUGAUUGGCGAGAUUACAGUUGGCUCUCAAUUCGGACUCAUGGAAGAUAGCGGUGACAAAUCUGGCAUCAUUGAAGCCAUUGAUGAAAGCCUGGAAUAUGGUGCCAUCAUAGGUCUGGUACUUGAGUGGCACCGGUGGAUAGGCAUGACGGCGGACAAGUUGGGACUCGAACCAAAUAUCAGAAGCAAACUCAACUUCGUGAACCACCGUCUCGACAACCGAGUCUCAGGACGCACCAAAUCAUCCGAAGACCGCAGUGACUUCCUCGACAAGAUGCUGCCUAUGGAGCAAGAAGGCAAAGCAACACGCUUUCAUACUCAACAAGUUGCCCCUCAGAUCAUCGCAGCUGGUUCGGAUAUGACCGUCAUCGCCUACCUCGCCAUGUAUCCCAACACCCUUGUCGUUCUCCGCCACGAGCUCGACUGAGCCACCGCAGCGGGCACCCUCUCCGACCCAGUGACAUCUCAAGAAGCUCAGAAACCUUCCUACCUUCAAGCCGUCAUCAUGGAGACCUUGCGCUGACCCGCGUAGUCGGUCCUCAGGGCCUCCAAAUUGCAGGCCAAUUAUUCCCACCCGGCACCGAAGUAGGCGUCAAUGUCUGGGUAAUCCACAACAACAAAUCCAUCUUUGGGCCUGACGCCCACGUCUUCCACCCAAACGCCGGCUCACAGAGAACAAGGAGGAGCACGCGGUGCUGGACAGGAACUUCCUAGCCUUUGGCAAUGGACCACGGACGUGCAUUGGCAAGAACAUCAGUCUUUUAGGGAUGAACAAAGUCAUCCCGCAGGUUGUCAAGGAUUAUGAUUUGAGAUUG